AUGGGAAGAGCGCCGUGUUGCGAGAAGGAUAGUGUCAAGAGGGGGCCGUGGACGCCCGAGGAGGACGCCAAGCUGCUCGCCUGCAUUGCGCAGCACGGCACUGGAAGCUGGAGGACACUCCCCAAGAAAGCUGGGCUCCAGAGAUGCGGCAAGAGCUGCCGGCUGCGCUGGACGAAUUACCUCCGCCCCGAUCUCAAGCACGGCCGAUUCACCGAUCACGAGGAGCAAUUGAUCGUCAAGCUCCACGCCGCUCUGGGCAGCAGAUGGUCGCUCAUCGCGGCCCAGCUCCCGGGAAGAACAGACAACGACGUCAAGAACUACUGGAACACGCGGCUCAAGAAGAAGCUGUGCGAGAUGGGCAUCGAUCCAAUCACCCACAAGCCAAUCUCGCAGCUCCUCGCCGAUCUCGCGGGCAGCAUCGCCAUCCCCAAAGGCGGCCAGAUCGCCGAGGCCGCGCUGGGCUGCUUCAAGGACGACAUGCUCAACGUCCUCAUGAGAAAGAGGCCUGACUGGCAGCAGUUAGAUCAAACCUCCACUCCAUCUCCAUCUCCAUCUCUCUCCAAUCCCCUCCUCCGUCCCACCACUGUCCAAGGAUCCCGCCAGAGCUGGCCGGGACCUUCCUCCAAGUCGAUCAAUCCAAUCGACCCAGUCGUCCACAAAAUCAAGCAGGGGCUCUCCACCGCUGUCCAGUCCAAGCUCCCACUACCACCAUCCUCGUCUCCUCUGGAUCACCACCACCACCACCACCCCCACGAUCGAGCUCACGAGAACUCCUCCAUGGCUCCCGACGUGCUGCUCAUGCGAGGUGGCGGGCCUGGAAUGUGUGCCUUCACGUCCAGCCCGGCUCCCUUCUCGGCCAGCGACGUCCAGCUCUCGUCCUUCUUCGACACCAGCACCAGCUCCGGCGGCUCCAUGAAAACUUCGAGCUUUGCGGCCGGAGCUUUCAAGCCGGCUCCUCCGGGGAGCUGGAACGAGGACGGAAGCAUGCUCGUCUCGGCCACACCGAGCACGUCUCUGGGGCUUCACGUCGCUGGACUGGCUUCAUCUCAGCAGCAAGACUUCUUCCAGCACCAGCAGCAGCAGCAAAUGGUGGUGACGGUGAAAGAGUCGAGCCCGGCUAGUCACGUCCAGAGGCCCGAGUCUGGCGAAGCCCAAGUUCCGUGGAGCCCGAGUGGAAGCGGGAGCAGCUGUAGCAGCACCACUCUGGCCGACGUCUCCGUCCUCGAGGGAGUGUUGAGCUCGGACGUUCCGCUAUGGGAUUUCUCCGAGUUGAGUUCUAUCAUCUCUUGAGCCUCGAACUCGGCGGGACGAACUUAGCUUCCUUGGUAGUUUUCUGUCAUCAUUUUUUUACUUCUUCUGCAAGGUAAAACUCGACGUUGCUUACGAUUCUUAU